AUCUGAAAAUAUAUACACACAAACUAUAGACCAGAUUUGGAUCAACAGAAGAAGAGGACAACACAAACACACACACACACACAGAGACAAACAGUUGUGUUAGAAGAAAACAAGACCCACAAAUUAUAUAUACAUAUAAUUCCUUAAAAAUGGAUAUUCAUUCUAGUUGGUAUAAUUUCAAGAUCUACCCAAUCAUUUCAUCUUUUGUCUUCUUCCUCCUCUUCUUCUUUCUCUCCUCCUUUUCUCCGGUCGUCGUAUCUCUCGAUUUCAACGCCACCGGUCACAAUUUCCGGCCCGGAGAAAAGUCGAAUUCGAAGCUUGUCACGUAUGUUAAAGCCCAUCUCAAGAAGAUCAAUAAGCCUGCUCUCAAGACAAUUCAGAGCCCUGAUGGUGAUAUUAUAGACUGUGUGUUAUCUCAUCAACAGCCAGCUUUUGAUCAUCCUCAAUUAAAAGGACAAAAGCCAAUGGAUCCACCGGAAAGGCCAAAAGGGUACACAUUAAAAACGACGACGACGACGAAGAGAGAAGAAAAUUGUCAGGUUUGGAGAAUGUCGGGUGAAUUUUGCCCGGAAGGUACGAUUCCGAUAAGAAGAACAAGCGAGGAAGAUGUUUUUAGGGCAAACUCCGUCCGAAGAUUCGGUCGCAAAAUACCAAGAAACCCUAUUAGAAGAGAUUCUUCCAACACUGGCCAUGAGCAUGCUGUGGGGUAUGUGAGUGGAAAUGAAUAUUAUGGAGCAAAAGCUAGUAUAAAUGUGUGGGCCCCACGCGUUGAUAAUCAGUAUGAAUUCAGCUUGUCACAAAUUUGGGUUAUAGCUGGUUCUUUUGCCGCUGACCUCAACACCAUUGAAGCUGGUUGGCAGGUUAGCCCGGAGCUUUAUGGGGACAACCGCCCUCGAUUCUUCACCUACUGGACUAGUGAUGCGUAUCAGACAACAGGGUGUUACAAUUUGCUGUGCUCAGGGUUUGUUCAGACCAAUAGCAGAAUAGCAAUUGGCGCAGCAAUUUCUCCAAUUUCAUCCUACAAUGGCGGCCAAUUUGACAUUAGUUUGUUAGUGUGGAAGGACCCUAAGCAUGGAAAUUGGUGGCUAGAGUUUGGGAAUGGAAUACUAGUUGGUUAUUGGCCAUCAUUUUUAUUCACACAUUUAAGGGAUCGUGCAACUAUGGUACAAUUUGGGGGGGAAACUGUAAAUAGCAGAACUUCAGGGGCUCACACGUCAACCCAAAUGGGCAGUGGCCAUUUUGCAGGACAAGGGUUCGGAAAAGCAUCUUAUUUCAGAAACUUACAAGUUGUUGAUUGGGAUAACAGUUUAAUCCCUUUAUCGAAUCUUCGAGUUCUGGCCGAUCAUCCGAAGUGUUACGAUAUAAGAGGCGGGAUUAACAGAGUUUGGGGUAAUUAUUUUUAUUAUGGAGGACCGGGAAGAAAUUCGAGGUGCCCUUGAUGGGGGCGGAUUUUUAAUUUUUUUUAUUUACUUUUUGGUCCUUCAAUUUUUAA